AUGCCGACCAGACUCACCAAGACUAGGAAGCACCGUGGACACGUUUCGGCCGGUAAGGGUCGUGUCGGAAAGCACAGGAAGCAUCCAGGAGGUCGUGGUUUGGCUGGUGGUCAGCACCACCACCGUACCAACUUCGAUAAGUACCAUCCCGGUUACUUCGGUAAGGUUGGUAUGAGGUAUUACCACCACACCACCAACAAGGAGUGGUGCCCCUCCCUCAACUUGGACAAGCUCUGGACUCUCGUCACCCCCGAGGCCCGUGAGCAGUACCUUGCCAACGCCUCCGCUGAGAAGGCCCCCGUCAUCGACCUCACCCAGAACGGUUACGGCAAGCUCUUGGCCAAGGGUCGUCUCCCCCAGGUCCCCGUUAUCGUCAAGGCCCGCUACGUCUCCCGCCGUGCUGAGGAGAAGGUCAAGGCCGCUGGUGGUGUCGUCGUCAUUGAGGCUUAA